AGCGUUCUCGAGCUAUGGCUGCACUGAAAUACGCAGGAAUGGAUGAUACUGACAGUGAGGACGAGCUUCCACCGGGAUGGGAAGAGAGGACCACAAAGGAUGGAUGGGUUUACUAUGCCAAUCACGAGGAGAUGAAGACCCAGUGGGAACAUCCUAAAACCGGGAAGAAGAAACGCUGCGCCGGAGAUUUACCCUAUGGAUGGGAGCAGGAAACGGAUGAGAAGGGUCAGAUUUAUUACAUGGACCACAUCAAUAAGAGGAGAACAUACUUCGAUCCACGGCAGGCCUUUACUGUGGAGGAUGUGCAGGUAAAGCCCAAGCGUUAUGAUGGAAACACUGCUGCCUUGGAGAUCCUGCAAGGUCGUGACCUUUCUGACAAGGUUGUGCUCAUCACUGGAGCAAACUCAGGGAUAGGUUUUGAGACCGCACGGUCAUUUGCUCUUCAUGGUGCCCAUGUAUUUCUGGCCUGCAGAAACCAAACUCGUGCGAGCAAAGCUGUCAGACUCAUUACGGACGAAUGGCACAAAGCGCGUGUGGAGGCCAUGACUCUGGACUUGGCAUCUCUGAGGAGCGUUCAGGAGUUUGCUGAGGCCUUCAGAGCGAAGAAACUGCCUGUGCAUAUUCUGGUAUGUAAUGCGGCAGUGUGUACCCAGCCCUGGCGUCUUACGGAGGACGGUCUGGAGUCCUCCUUUCAGAUCUGUCACCUGGGUCAUUUCUACUUGGUCCAGCUCUUACAGGAUGUUCUGCGUCGCUCCGCUCCUGCCCGUGUGGUGGUUGUCUCUUCCGAGUCCCACAGGUUUACAGAUCUGGUGGACUCAUGUGGUAAAGUGGACCUGGCUCUGCUCUCCCCACCACAGAAAGAGUACUGGUCCAUGCUGGCCUACAACAGAGCCAAACUCUGCAACAUCUUAUUCUCCAACGAACUGAACCGACGCCUGUCACCACAUGGUGUCACCAGCAACGCCGUUCACCCGGGCAACAUGAUGUACACCUCCAUCCAUCAGAGCUGGUGGCUAAUGACCCUCCUUUUCACCUUGGCUCGACCCUUCACCAAGUCUAUGCAACAGGGAGCGGCCACCACGGUAUACUGUGCUGUGGCUCCGGAGCUGGAGGGGCUUGGGGGAAUGUACUUCAACAACUGUUUCCGCUGCCUUCCGUCCCUGGAAGCCCAGAAUGAAGCUACAGCACUCAGCCUGUGGGAACUCAGCGAGAGACUGAUCCGUGAGAGAGCCACCGCUCCCAAAGCCCUGUGACCGACACCCCCCCCCCC